AUGGAUGAAAAUAAUAAUAAAAAUAAUGAAAAUAUAGAUAAUGCACCUAAUAUAAAUAAUGAUAACAAUAAUAAUAAUAAUAAUAAUACAAAUACAAAUGAUAAUGUCACAGAUAAUAUAGAUAAUAUACCCUCAAAACUAAGUAACAAAGAUGCAAUUUCAUUAUGUGUUCCAGAUUUAACAGAAGGUUUAUUAUUAUUAUCAAAAAUACCUUUAGAUGCUAUUACUUUAAAACUUAAUGAAUUACAAAAUGAACAAUUAGUAUUAUUAAACUCAUUGAAAAAUGAAAAUGUAAAAUUACAAAAUGUUAAAAAUAUAGAUGUUAUUAUAGAAAAUUUUAAAAAAGUUCAAGAAUAUUUAAAUAAAAUUCAAAAUCUUAAGAGAGAAAUGUCAAAUUCUCAAGAUAGAAUGAAUAGAUUAACAGAUAGAGCAAAUAAUUUAAAAGAGAAAAAGAAACAAUAUCAAAUCGAAUUAAAUCAAAAAGUAGAGAGAGCAUUACAAAAAGAAAGAGAUCUCACAGUUAAACCCUCUUUAGAGUUUCAACAACAAUUACAACAACAACAAACUUUACCUCCAAAUCAACAUAAACAACCCCAAACUUUAAAUACAAAUAUUACUUUAUAA